AUGUCUCUGUGUGCUGGACCUUCAGACGGGAUAGCAGAGAACACUCGGAAAGUCUCUCUUUUUGUGCUUGGGAGAUCAGAGUUCCAGGACAGCCAGGUUUACAUCAUUAAUGAGACCCUGUCUCAGACCAUCAGAAUUUUAGUUAUAGAAAGAUUACAGGACAUCUUAGUGAGAUUGCAGUGGUCCACCGUGCUGCCCAAGGACAAGAAGAAAGAUGCCGGAAAGUUGGCUAAAAAAGUCAAAGACCCAAUAAAUACAUCUGGUGAUGGCAAGGACAAAAAGAAAUGGUCCAAAGGCAAAGUUUGGGACAAGUUGAACAACCUUGUCCUGUUUGACAAAGCGACAUAUGACAAACUCUGUAAGGACAUUUCCAACUACAAGCUUAUUACUCUAGCUGUGGUCUCUGAGAGACUGAAGAUUCAAGGUUCUUGCCCAUGGCAGCCCUUCAAGAGCUACUUAGUAAAAGGCUGCCUCAAGCUGGUUUCAAAGCAUAGAGCCAUUUACACCAGAAACACAAAGGGUGGAAAUGCCCCAGCUGCUGGUGAAGAUGCAUGAAUAGGUUCUAUGAGCUAUACAUUUGGGCAAAUAAAACUUUAUCGAAUUAAAAAAAUAAAAGAUUACACCUAAAAUAUUUGAUGAAUACAUUUGAGUUUCCGCAAUGUCUCUCAAAUAUAGAUUUACCAUAUGAACAUUCCUUAAACUGUAGAAAUUUAUAAAAUACCAAAACCCAAAAGAUUUUGUAGACUAGGCUAGAGGAAGAAUGAAAACAUUCCAGCAAAUAGCCUCUUGCCUAGCCCUCAUUCUUCUGUGUAUCAAGACCAGAAUCCCUAGGGUGCUGUUAGCCUGUAUUCUUUCUAAUGUACCUCCCCUUCUCUGUCUGUGUGCCUGCUUUGUGAGUACAGUACCUUACCUUACCUUGUCUUGUCUAUUUCUGUUUACUCUCACUGAUUACAUGCUGUCCUUUGUUGCACUACCUUCUGUAAGGAAAAUAAG